UGAGACUUUAUCUCUACUUUGACCCGACCAGCGAAAGUGUAAAUUGAAAGAUAGAUAGAAAGAAAGAGCCAACUUUAAAAGCUUAGCGGUUGAUUUCGAAAUCUCGUCGCCGGCGCGUGGAGUCUUUUCGUCGGACAACAACAAGAGAAAAGAGAUUUGUGGUGUUCUUCUGCUUAGAAUUGUUGUUUUCCAUCUCCGGCAGUGAGAUUUGGUGGAGAAUUUUGAUUUGUGAUCGAUGGUUAAGGAAACAGAGUACUACGAUGUGCUCGGAGUUAGCCCAACUGCUACAGAAUCUGAGAUUAAGAAAGCUUACUACAUAAAGGCACGCCAAGUUCAUCCUGAUAAGAACCCUAAUGAUCCUCAAGCUGCACACAAUUUCCAGGUCUUGGGAGAGGCCUAUCAAGUGCUAAGUGAUUCAGGACAACGCCAAGCUUAUGAUGCAUGUGGCAAGUCAGGAAUCUCAACUGAUGCAAUCAUCGAUCCUGCUGCAAUAUUUGCAAUGCUAUUUGGCAGCGAACUUUUUGAAGGGUACAUAGGACAGCUUGCUAUGGCAUCUAUGGCUUCACUUGAUAUCUUCACGGAAGGGGAUCAGUUUGAUACCAAAAAGAUACAAGAAAAAUUGAGGAUUGUUCAGAAAGAAAGAGAAGACAAGCUUGCUCAGAUUCUGAAAGACCGACUCAACGAAUAUGUAAUAAACAAAGACGAAUUUAUCAGUAAUGCUGAAGCUGAAGUAGCAAGACUCUCAAAUGCAGCUUAUGGUGUGGAUAUGUUGAAUACAAUUGGGUAUAUAUAUGUAAGACAAGCAGCAAAAGAGCUAGGGAAGAAAGCUAUUUAUCUCGGAGUACCAUUCAUUGCUGAAUGGUUUAGGAACAAAGGUCACUUCAUCAAAUCUCAAUUAACAGCUGCAACAGGCGCAUAUGCGUUGUUCCAGUUGCAGGAGGAAAUGAAAAGGCAGCUAAAUACUGAAGGAAAUUAUACUGAGGAGGAACUUGAGGAAUACCUUCAGGCCCAUAAAAGAGUGAUGAUUGAUUCACUGUGGAAGCUCAAUGUCGCUGAUAUCGAAGCCACUCUUUGUCGUGUUUGUCAGCUGGUUCUUCAAGAUCCAGAAGCCAAAAGAGAGGAGCUUCGUACAAGAGCAAGAGGUUUAAAAGCUCUGGGGAGGAUCUUUCAGAGAGCCAAAACAGCUAGUGAGAGUGAUCCUUUAGAAAAUAGUGAACCUCAAAAGUUAAACGGAAAUGGAAAGAACCACGAUGAGGAUACUUCUACAUCACCAAAAUCCAGUGAAGCAUCUCACUCCACCUCUGGUCCUCAGGAACCACAAAGCCCCUACGUGGAAGAAUUCAAACUUGGAGAUGAACAAUUCAACUAUUACUUCCCACGACCAGCGCCACCUCCUGGCGCAGGGAAAUACUCUUCCUCUGGCUAUGAUUGAUUCAGGUGAGAUCGGGGCAUAUAUAUAUCAGUCUUAGCAUAUUUCUAUUGCAGUUGUGUACCAUUAUGUAAAAUUAUUCCUUUUUUCUUUUGGUUUUGGCUUGUUAGAAGAAAAUGAUUGAUGUUGAAAGCACAUAUAAAAGCUCUUUUGUGAUAAUGUAUCCAUGUAAAUUAUUAUGAAGGUAUAAUGACUUAGAGUAUAAACAAAAGCC